AAAGGGUAAAAAAAAUGUAUAAUCUAAUUAUUUGGGUUUAGUUUAAAUAAAGGUCUAAAGUAAUGGGCAUUCCUGUAAAUUAUAAAAGGUAUUGGUGCCAAUUCGUAAUUAUGUGGCUUUGUGAGGGCCUAUGUCUAAUAACCCCUUUCUUUUCUGAUAUAAUAUUAGACAGAAAUACUAAACCUAAACGACGACGACAGCAGCAAAAAUCUUCAUCUUGUCAGGUUGUGAAGUGCAGUGCAAUGGCAGGGAGUUAUGAGAUGGAAUGCAAAUUCUGUAAGAAGAUUGGUGUGUUUGAACUAUAUAAUGGCUUCUUCUACUGUGGUUUCUGCUACUCACAAGCUCAGGAUUUUAUCGACUCUGGUUUUGAUGAAGAUGAGUUGCGCAGACGUUACCACUUCUCACCACCUGAACUUGAACUCCCCUCUUCUUCCGAUUCCGGUUUGUAUGAAAAUAUUAAUUCAGAUGAUGAUGAUGAUUAUGAUCAUCAUAAUAUUAUGAUUCCCGAUAUUAAUAUUGCUUCAGAAGAAGAAGAUGAUGAUAAUAUUACUUCUGAAGAUGAAGAUGAUAAUAAUGUUUCUUCCGAUUAUGAUGAUAAUAUUAUUUGGGAUGUUGUACCGACUGAGCAACUAGUAACUGAUUUUGGCUCGUCCAAUACUAGCGUCCAACAGCCAAGUACGCGAGCUAGUGCCCAACCAGUAGUCGAGCUAUUAAAUCAUGUGCCUAGAGAAAGAAAAAUCUUAAAGAAAUCGAUUGCCAAGACAAGGAAGAAUCAUGAAGCAAUCAUGAAAUCAUGGGCCAAGAAGACAAGGAAGAAUCAUGAAGAAAUCAUGUGCCAAGACAAGGAAGAAUCAUCAAGCUCAAAUGUAUAGGAGAGCAGAUCUUUUGGAUUUAUAUUUUUUAAGUGUCCGAUUUGGACUAUGAGUACGUAUGAUAUUAAAUGUCUUCUUUAUUAGACUUAUAUU